UGUUUGUUGGAAUCAGAUCAGAUGCCUUUGUCAUUGCUGACUGAGCACUGUUGACAUUGAGGUCAGGCAUACACUGCUGACUCAGAGCUAAGCUUCUAAAGCAGCAAUCAAACACAGCUGGACUGUUUUUCACAGAGAUCAUCAAGAUGGGGAACCUGCAGUGCCCGGCUGAGGAUGCGGCCCGUAUGGCCUCUGUAGCUCGAGACGUCUGCCCUUUCCCAGACUACAACCCCAGUCCCUUUUUCAACAACAUGCUGUCCAUCAACUCUUCACGUCACCUGAGGGACCACUACAUGGCAGUCCAGUCCUCCCUGAACCCUAAACAGCUGGAGGACUUCACCCAGAACCUGAGGAGAACCUUUGGCAGGGAGGGCAGGGUCUCUUAUGGCGGGGUGGGGGUGGUGGCUCUGUCCCUGGCUGUGCUGUUUGACACCCUGGCUAAACAGGCAAGAGGAGAGUGGGUGCCGGACUCAGGACCCAUCCCAGGUUUAUUCCUCGAAGAUCCGAGAGGGUACUACCCACCACAUGUCUACACGAUCAGCGAGUACCUGAGGCUGGUUCCUUACAUUGCUAACAACCCUGACAGGAUGAGAGAGGAGACAGAGAGGUACAUCCAGCAGCUGAAAGACAAACCAGAAGAGAAACUCAAAAGUCGGUUUGGUGAAGACAUCCAUGGGGUCAACAGCGCACUUGGGGAGUUAUUUCUACACCACCUGAACACUCACCUCCUCCGAAUUACCAACUCUGCGGAAAGAGCUGAUUCUGUCCAUGAGCAGAAGACAAAGCCAGUCUCUGCGGAGGGGUCCAAUAAAACUCAAGGUGAUGCUGCUCACAUAGGAAAGGCCAGAAAGAAACGAUUGAUUCCACCUGAAAAUAUUAUGUCCUUCAGUCUCAACUGUGAUCCAGAGAGUUCCAGUAAAGACUUUCUGGAUGAGGUGCAAAAAUCAAAUGCAACACGUGCAUCUUACAUGGCAUGUUUCCCACAUAGGGGCAUUCCAAAAACAUGGAUACACUACGCUGCCAGACUGGUGUGGUUGGAUGUCAUCAACGGCAACAUGUUUGAUUUUAGACGUGAUCAAGACUUAGUGGUUGCUCAAAGAGGGGAUCUUGACCUGAAGGUCGAUGCUCUAAGAAGAUGGGAUGACUGAUUUACUGUUUCAAAUCUUCUAAUGAAGAACUAUGAAAAUACAAUAAAAAAUGUAAUUGCUCUUUUGCUGUCUUGAUAUUUUUAUAGCCAUGAAAAAAGUAGAUCUCAGCUUUAUAAUACAAAAAAUUUGUAACAAAAUAAUUAUAGAUUAUUCAUUUACUCAUUGUUUAUUCUAAAGUCAAAUAAAGAUGGAACUGUUCCCUGA